AUGGCCCUGUGGGUGUUCUGCUGGAAGCUCAGGAAGUGGACAGAGACCACAAUAUACAUGACCAACCUGGCUGUGGCUGAUACGCUGGUGCUCCUGUCUUUACCUUUCAAGGUAUACAGCUACAAGAAUGACUGGAAUCUCGGAUUCAACUUCUGUGCAUUUCUUGAAUGUCUUUAUUUUCUGAACAUGUAUGUGAGCAUCUACACCACCGUCUGCAUAUGCGUGGAUCGAUACAUUGCAAUAAAGUACCCAUUAAAUGCAGUUCGUUAUAGGUCACCAAUGAAAGCUGCGAUUGCGUGUGGUAUAACCUGGACUUUUGUGAGUCUGACAAGAAUUUCUCUGCAAAUACAGUUAACCAAAGAAGCUAAAGACCAGCACAAAUGCUUUAACAAAAAGUCCAAGGAACCUUCCAGCCUCUGGAUUGUCAUCGUCAUUGAGCUGGCUGGAUUUAUAAUUCCUGCUAUCAUUUUGAGUUUCUGCUCAUUUCAGAUUAUCACAACACUUCGCAAAAGAAAAAUGGAAUCUUAUGGAAGUAUUCGGUUUAGCAAAACCAUAGCAAUCAUUGCUACAAACCUAGCCACUUUUUUCAUUUGCUAUUUGCCCUUUCACUUAGGAUAUUUUCUUCAAUUUUUGUUUGAGAGCUCAGGACAAGAUUGUGUAAAGCAGGAUAUUGUUCGCACUUUUGUUCGUGUAUCUAUUUGUCUGGCUAAUGGAAACUGUUGUCUGGAUGCAGUUGUUUAUUAUUUUGCUUCUGUAGAAAUUCGUAAUUAUUUUAGACCAAAGAAAACUUGUAGAAAAGACCAUGAGCUUUGCAUCAUAACUCAGUGUUCAACCCCACAGGAAGCAAGAGGCUCAUGA